ACCCCUCAGUACUGCGUUCUUCUUUCUUCUCUGCAAGAAACCCUAAUCGAUCGAUCCCCAUCUCUCUCCCUCGUUCUCGCUUUUCUCAGUCAUGGAUACUCGCCUGCAACUCACCGUUCUCCUCCUCUCGGUGCUCGCUUCGUUCUCAUUCUCCAGAACGAGCUUCGCUGCAGGGGAAGAAACUCCGUCGCUGCCGUUAUCAUCACCACCUUCGUCACCUUUACUGUCUCAAGAAAUUCAAGAAUCUUUCACGCUGACGACCUUGCUCGAGCCGAUCUUGGCGAACCUGGGGUUCCACGAGCUGGCCAUGGCAGUUCCUUCUCUGUCCGACUCUGCUUUCACGACCUGGAACGGACCGUCGACGCUAUUCGCUCCGACGGACGCGUCGAUCCGAAGUUGUGGAUCAUGCUCCGUUCCUCGUCUCCUUCGCGAGCAUAUCGUGCCAGGGAUUUUCUCUCUCGACUACAUGCGCAAGCUAGCUUUCGGAACCAAGAUCGAGACCAUGAGCUCCGGUCGCUGCAUCACGGUGACCUCCGCCGAUAACAAUUCAAAGAUCUUCGUCGGAGGCGUAGAGAUUACACAGCCGGAUAUCUUCAACAAUGGUAUAAUCGUUGUUCACGGCCUUAAUGGCUUCGUUGCUCCCCUCUCGCCUUUCUCCUGCAACGUCGAGAGGAUGACCUCACUGUCGUUUCCACCCCAGCCUUCUGCGCCCGAACGAACUCAAUAUUUCACACAGUCUCCUGUGAUGCGCCUUAUGUUAAGGGACGCCAUGCUCCGCCUGCGCAACAAUGGCUUCAGCGUCCUCUCUCUUGCUAUGAGAGUGAAAUACGCCGAGCUCGUAAACCUCCAGAACAUGACGAUCUUCACUCUGGACGACAUGUCUAUCUUCUCUGGUGGUCACGCGUACGUCAGCAAUGUGAGGUUCCACAUCGUCCCCAAUCGAUACUUGAUGAACGUCGACCUUUCUAAGCUUCCGGCAGGAACGCUGUUGCCUUCGCUGGAGCACGGUCAGAAUUUGGUGGUUACAACUGCCGGAGGAGGACCAUCUCCAAUGAGGAUCAACUACGUUCGGAUCAAGAUCCCCGACGUGAUGCACAACCUCAAAAUCGUUGUCCACAGCGUGUACUUGCCAUUCCCACAUCUUCAUCCGACUGCAGCAUUCAAUGGUAUCGGAGGAGCAUGGGACUCGACAGCAGUGAUUGGCGACGGUGGGAUGUUUCCAGCAAGAAACGUUGGUGAAAGUGUGAGAACAUCUGGUUCUUGCGACGCUUUGGAGAAGGACGGUAGCUGUGCAGUUCCUCCCGUGCCGGAAAUCAAAGCGACAAUGGAAAUUGAUGAUCAUCAUAGUCUGUGAAGCUUGAUCUUCUUCCCUCUAUUGCUGUUAAGGUGUUCCAUCACAGAAGUGGUCUGUAGUGUCUACCGGCGGCAUAGUGCACCUGUCUAGUAAUAUUCUUUGGUAGUAGCAAUAUAGAUAUGUUUCUUUGUUUUCUGCUACAAUUCUAUGGUUCAGUUGGCAACUUUGAUGCAUGAGAGGCUACUACUACGCUUAUUUUACUCUGUUGAUUCUAUUGUUGAUGAGUGAAAAACUGAAAAUCCA